GCGAAGUGUACGGACGUGUUGUAAUUGUUGUGCUGCCCAAUUGGACAUUUGUUCACAGUUAUCGACAAGAUGAGUGCUAUAGUAUUUUUGGUUACGAUUCUAAUAGGAUUUAUCGUAUACUCACUGCUAAAUUCAAUAAGACGUCCACGCAAUUUUCCGCCGGGUCCUGGUUUCUUGCCCUGGUUGGGCAAUACGCUGCAGUUCCGUAAGGAGGCACGAGCAGCUGGUGGGCAGCACAUAUUAUUUGAUCAGUGGGCGAAGCGCUAUCAGAGCCAGCUUAUCGGACUGAAGUUAGGCCAGGACUAUGUGGUCGUGGCGCUGGGACAUGAGCUGGUGCGAGAGGUGCAGCUGCAGGAGGUGUUCGAGGGCAGACCGGACAACUUCUUUUUGCGCUUGCGCACCAUGGGCACACGCAAGGGCAUCACAUGCACAGAUGGGCAGCUGUGGUACGAGCAUCGCAACUUUGCCAUGAAACAGAUGCGUCAUGUAGGGUAUGGACGCAGCCAAAUGGAGCAGCAAAUAGAGCACGAGGCAGAGGAGCUGAUGCAGCAGCUCGGACGGACUGAGGCAGCGCCCAUAGAGCCAGUCAACUGGUUGGCUCAAAGCGUGCUCAAUGUCCUCUGGUGCUUGAUUGCAGGCGAGAGAAUCAGCAGAGACGAGGAUGGUACAUUGCGACGUCUGCUAGAUCUGAUGAAUCGUCGCUCAAAGCUAUUCGAUAUCUGCGGUGGCUUAUUGGCGCAGUUUCCCUGGCUGCGGCAUGUGGCACCGAACUACACGGGCUACAACCUGAUCCGACAGCUGAAUACAGAGCUGCAUGGCUUCUUCAUGGAAUCCAUCAAGGAGCACAGGCAACGAAUAGAGGAGUGCAAGAAGCGUGGUGAUCAGCUACCCGAGAGCGAUCUCAUCUUUGCCUACCUGCAGGAGAUGAACAGCCAACGACAGGACACAGAUAGCUUCAACGAGACGCAGCUGGUGAUGACCAUACUUGACUUUUUUAUUGCCGGCUCACAGACAACCAGCAAUACGAUCAACUUGGCUUUGAUGGUGCUGGCCAUGCGCAAAGAUCUGCAGGCAAAGCUGUACGAUGAGGUGGCUGCCAAUUUGGAGUCUGCUGACAGCGAGACGGAUGCCUUUCCGCAUCUCAGCCGGCGGGAAUCCUUCUACUAUAUGGAAGCAUUCAUCAUGGAGGUGCAGCGCUUCUUUCACAUAACUCCCAUAACGGGUCCGCGUCGUGCACUCUGGCCGACCAAGCUGGGUGGCUUCGACAUACCCAAGAAUACCACGAUACUCAUUAGUUUGCGUUCGGUGCACCUGGAUGAGCAGCACUGGAGUGACCCACAUGAGUUCCGACCGGAGCGCUUUAUAGAUACAGCUGGCAAGUGCUGCAAGGACGAGUAUUUUAUGCCUUUCGGACUGGGUAGACGCCGUUGUCUAGGUGAUGCCUUGGCUCGCGCCUGCAUCUUUUCCUUUCUUGUAAGGAUUGUGCAGCAGUUUCGCGUUGUCCUGCCCGAGGGUGAAACGCCAUCGCUGAUCUUGCAACCUGGGAUUACACUUACACCCAAGCCGUACAAAGUGCGGUUCGUAAAGCGCAGUUGA